AUGAAAGAAAAGUCCAGUAAUGUUCCUAUAAGAACCUUAGGUGUCCGUACGGGUAGCUAUAUAGCAAUAAUUGUGUUUGUGGUGUAUUCAUGUUUACAAAUAUGGUAUCAAAAUGCUAAUUAUAUGACCAAUAAAGAGGUUUAUCAGAUGAGAAUGUCUGAUAGCCAUUCAGUUGCAAUCGAUAGAAAACCUACAUUACACCCUGAAGCUAAGCAUCUUCAUGUGGGUAAGAAAGCUAUGGUUAGUAGUGACGUACCUGUAUGUUCGAAAUUGGGAAAAGAGAUCUUAUUGAAAGGAGGUAAUGCUGCCGAUGCUGCGGUUACUGUGGCCCUUUGUAUUGGAAGUGUUAACUCUGCAUCUUCAGGAAUUGGUGGUGGAGGAUUCAUAUUAAGUUCUUUAGACGGUAAGGAUACUAUUAGUAUUGAUGCUCGAGAAAUGGCACCAGGGAAGUCAUUCACAGAAAUGUAUGAAGAUAAUCCAAUUUUAGCCACUAUUGGAGGAUUAGCUAAUGGAAUUCCUGGAGAAUUGAAAGGUUUAGAUACUUUAUAUAAACUUCAUGGAUCUGGGAAUUUAACUUGGGCACAAUUAAUCGAACCAGUGAUUAAAUUGAACCGUGAAGGAUUUGAAGUUGGAUUGGUAGUUCAAGCAACCAUUGAUGUUUUAUUAGAAAGAUAUUUACCAUUAUUUCCUUCAGUAUUGAAAAAUUGGGAUUUUAUUUAUAAUGAAGAUGGAAGUUCGAAGAAAAUCGGAGAUAUCAUCAAAAGACCAAAUUUGGCCAAUACUUUAGAAAUGAUAGCUAACAAUGGAUCAAGUGAUAUCUUUUAUGAUCCUCAAGGUCCUAUCGUUAAAUCAUUAAUUAAAGUCAAUAACCUUCAUGGUGGGAUGUUUGUUAGUGAUGAUUUUGCUCGAUAUGAAGCCAUUGUAGAGAAACCUUUAAGUUUGAAAAUUAAUGAAGAUAUUGAAGUAUUCACCGCUAAUGGUAUUAGUUCAGGAUUAGUAUUAUUAGGAGGAUUGAAUCUUUUCCCUAAAUUGUUCUCUAAAGGUGAUAAUAAACCCACAAUUGUUCAUAAAAUGAUUGAAACAAUGAGAUGGAUGGCAUCUGUCAGAACCAGAUUAGGUAAUGGUAAUAAACAUUAUCAAGAGAUGAUUGAUUUAUAUACACUGGAAGAUUGGGCUGAAGAUAUUGUCAAAAAUAAGUUCAGUAAUAACCAUACUUUUGGUUGGGAACAUUAUGAUCCAUUAUAUGAAAUGACAGAACCUCAUGGAACUUCCCAUUUUUCCAUUUUAGAUGAAAAUGAUAAUUCCAUUGGUAUGACUACCACCGUCAACUUAUUAUUUGGAUCUUUGGUUUAUGAUAGUGCUACAGGAAUUAUUCUUAAUAAUGAAAUGGAUGAUUUCUCAACUAAACAAUUCAAUAAUUCUUUUGAUUUACAACCUUCAAAGUAUAAUUUGAUUCAACCUUAUACCAGACCUUUAUCAUCUACCGCACCAACUGUUAUCAAGAAUAAAGGGAAACCGGAAGUUCUUAUCGGAGCCGCAGGAGGUUCAAGAAUCACCACAGCAAUUUUCCAAGCUAUUGUAAGAAUGUAUUACCUUGAUUAUUCAUUAUUAGAUAGUAUUGCCUUCCCCCGAUUCCAUGAUCAAUUAUUACCUGAUUAUAUCUUUACUGAAGAUCUUGGAAUGUUAUCCAAUGAAUUUAAAGAUUUAGAUUUGGUAGGAGAAUUGAAUCAUUUGGGUCAUAACUUUAAACAUACAGGAGUUGAAACUGCCAUGAAUGGGAUUAGAAAGGUUAAUGAUGAUAUUGAAGGAGUCAGUGAUUACUGGAGGAAAAGAGGCGAGUCAGACGGCUACUAA